AUGGCUGAUCAAUCAUAGGCUGAAUAUUUGAACUUAAAAGUUAAGUCUCAAGAUGGAGAAGAGGUGUUCUUUAAAAUCAAAAAAUAAACUCAAUUCAAGAAGUUGAUGGAUGCUUAUUGCUCAAGACAGAAUCUUCAAAUCUAAAAUGUGAGAUUCCUUUUUGAUGGAGAAAGAAUUUUGGAGACACAAACUCCAGCUGAUAUUGGAAUGGAAACAGGAGAUGAAAUUGAUGUGGUUAUUGAGUAAGUCGGAGGUAUGAAAUGUGUAUGAAUAAACAUACACAUCCCUCAUAUAUAUCUUAUGCAUGU